UGGCAAAAUGACGCCAAACCCGGAACCAUUAUGUCCUGGCUUUAGUUGCUCCGGAACUUAAAAGUAGACGGACCGCCGCCAUUGCUCGCUAACAAUGCUAAUUCAUGCUCGCUGGAUAAAAAGUAAAAUAAACAAAGGAUAAAAAAGCAAACUCCUCAUCUCGUCCUAACAUGCUGACCCGCCACCAGAAGCGGCUGUGGAAGUACGUGGAAGAGGGAAGCUUGCUCAAACUCAAGUCCUACCUGCGCAAGCACCGGGACUUGGAGGUGAACUUCACCCAGGGCAAGAGGCAGAGGAGCCCGCUACACUUGGCGUGUAGCCUCGGGGAAGACGCCGUCCUGAGGCUGCUCCUCCGACACGGAGCUGACGUGCGAGCCCGGGACAGGAAGGGAGACACGCCGCUACACCUCGCCCUAAACCGGGCCUUAAAGCACGGGAGAGCGGCUUAUGACGACCUGGUUGUGCCUCUCCGAAAGAGUUGUCCAGAGGCCAUGGACGCCGCCAACACUGCAGGUGUGACACCCCAGGACCUCCUCAACUGGAGCAAACUGUCAGAGGAGACGCCAGCGAGCACCAGCGGGCCACCGAAGGCUGACCCAGAACGAGACUGGAUGGAAAAACUUUUUGGCGAAUGUCAGGACGAGUUCUGUGAGACCUUUGGAGUUUAUGACGCGGACGACUACCUGGCUGUGGACGAGGAGGAGGAGGACUACGGCGACUGGGCCGACCGCAUCAGAGGAGAAUAUUUCUCCAAGAAGAAUGCAGAAGCUCAGAGAUUAGCGGCGUCUUCUGGCCUCAAGAAGAAGAAGAAGAAGAAGAGCGAGGGAGAAAAAGAGGAGAACUACCAGGAGCUGCACCAGCGUCUCCAGAAGGAGCACCAGGAGUAUUUGGACCGCGCCGCACGCAAAGAGGAGGAGACCCGUCUGGGCAAGAAGCGCCGCUACGAUCAAAUGUGCGCCGACACCUUCAAAGCCGGCGCGCCCGACGACGGCGGCGGCGGCGAGCUGCUGUGCUACGCCGACAUCCCCUGGCCGGCGCCGCGCGGCACGGUCCAGGAGAUGGCGGACGUGAUGCUGCACGGCGUGGACCGCAAGGACGCGGCGGUCUUCCGCAAGGCGCUACGGAAGCAGCAGACGCUGUGGCAUCCCGAUAAGUUCGCCCAGAGGUGUGAGGCCCGGCUGCAGGAGAAGGACAAGCGCAGGAUCUUGGACACGGUGACCGCUCUGUCGCAGGAACUCAACAGGCUGGCCCAGAGUCUGAGGGCCUGAGGUCACUUCAUUAGGUACACCACUGACCUCGUCGCCCUUGUUGUGCUGGGAAUAUCACUCUGACACACCUUCAAACUGCCACCGCAGUCAAAUCUUGAAGGAAUUGGUAUUUUUACUGUAAAUUAUUGUCGUUUAGCUCUUGUAUUUAUGAGUGUGUGCUGUGUUCCACUGCUCUGUCCUCAUGUCUGUGAUAUCCAGUAUUAAAUCAGCACUCUCAUGUUCUCACACACA